UAACAAAAAGUUAUUUUAGGAAUGUGAUGAUAUAGAAAAUGUCUGCCAAUAAAAGCUCUGUCCCUUCACCAACAGGAUCGACGAAUUGUAAAUCAAACUCAACGAGUAAAAAAUCUGGUCAGUUGGAUGAUCGAACGAGAUUAAAAAGAAAUGCGGGGGAAAAGAAGCGACGAGACAAACUGAAUACCUAUAUCAGCGAGCUGAGCAGCAUGGUCCCCAGCUGCAGGAUGCCACAGUCCCAAAGGAAACUUGACAAAAGCACCAUCCUCAAGCUGACUGUUUCCUACAUGAAGUUACACGCAGAUCUCCUGCCAGAUACGUUAGAUGACAGUACGAUGAGCUGGAAACCUUCGUUUCUGUCUAAUGAGGAACUCGGUCAGCUUAUGUUAGAGGCUCUGGACGGUUUUUUAUUUGUCAUCUGGAGUACCGGAAGAACAAUAUACGUAUCCGAGAGUAUAACGCCACUGCUUGGCCACUUGCAGCAGGAUUUGCUAGGAAAGAACUUUCUGGAGCUUAUUCACCCUGAAGACAUGUCGAUGGUUCGAGAAAGAAUGUUUCCCGCACAAUCAGAAAAUGGCUACAUAGAGGAGCUGGGAACCCCCUCCCCACCGCCGGUCAACUCACCCAGCUCCACCUCCUCCGAUACGCCCAGCUAUCUGCGGAGGAACUUCGUGGCGCGAAUGCGCCGUGGCGGCUUCUCGUCUAAAACAGAAUACGAGAUGGUGAGCUGCUCGGGACACUUGAGACGGUGGAAUGAAGUUACCCGGAACUCUCCUAUGGAGACUGUGGAGAUGCUCCCAUUAGAUGGGUUCUGUUUGGUGGGAGUCGGCAGAUUGCAGUGUACCCAGACUAUUAGGGAGAUGACUCCUACUAUCCCCACACUUAAUGAGUGGACGUCUCAACACAGUAUGGAUGCUAAAUAUAUCCACAUCGACCAGAACGCCUCCCCAAUCCUGGGGUACACUGCAGCAGAACUGCUGGGCUCGAGUGGGUACAACUUUUAUCACGAUGAGGAUCUCAACGCUCUGGCUCGAUCUCAUAUUGACUUAACGAAGAACGGUUCGGGUGACACGUGUCUAUAUCGAUUCUUGACGAAGGGUCAGCAAUGGUUAUGGGUAAAAACGCGGGGGAUGAUUAAAUACAGCGAGGAAACCAAACAGCCAGAAUCUAUCGUGUGCCGGAAUAUCGUGGUAAGCUACGCUGAAGUUUGGCAGUUCCUGCAGAACAAGGCUCGCCAGUAUGGUCCGGAGGAGAAAAAAAUGGUGUUGUCUGCUCCGCAGCCGAACGCAACACCAGCAGCGCUCGCCAAGAUAGAGUCCAUUUCGCCCGGCAGUGAGGUGAAAGUGGAGCAAUUUUCGCCCCAGAGUGGUCACUACCUGGACCCUAACUCUCAAGCCAGUUUCUACCCUAGUCCCGAGACGCCUCCUCGCAAACAAUUCGGCUUCUCGUCAGAGCCCAACGCAGUUCCGGCUUCAAACCCGGUCUCGGGCGUAGCUCCUGCUCCUUACUUCAACCCACCUACACCAGCCCCUAACUUCGUCGCUUUUACCACCACUGAGUACGUUCAACAAAACAACCAGAGAAACGCCAAUGGCAACUCCUUCAAUGAUCUGUUCCCAGGUUACAAGCCCUCUAUCUCAACUGAGGAGCAGCACGGCCGGUUCCGUGCCCCCGCUCGCUUCAACCCCCCACCCACCCCGGAGUGUCAGUUCCAGAACUCCGCUAAUAACACGUACAAUAGUUCCUAUCCCGAGGAUGUGAAACCUGUUUACAUCCAGCAAACCACGCAGCAGCAGCCCCAGCAGCCGGGCCAGUUCCUGCAGACCAUAUCCUCGCCGCCCCCCACUAACGGAAUCCGGAGUGUCCCCAUCAGACAACCUGGAAGUGUCCUGGUCACUACUGUUCCGGCCCAUGCUGCUGCUCCGCCUAACCAAAUCAUUACCACCCCUUCCACUUUCCAGCACCCCGCUAGCACUCCCAAUGUCAUGGUUACAGCCUCACAGACACCAAACGUUAUGGUGACGACACCCGCCAAUGUUAUCGUGAUGGGACAGCCCGGCUACGUCAGUAACUACAUCGGACCAAGUGUUGGUGUCACGGCACACCAUCAGGUGCCAAAUGUGACCUUGAGGUCCGUGCCGGUGCAUGCGGAGGAGCCUGUGGUGGGGAUGCCAGUAUCAACGGGUUACACAGAGCGGCCUCAGCAGAUCACCUCGAUCCCUGUUUCCGCCACUUACACCCAACAGAGUCCGACCCUACACCUCAACAACAAUAAUAAUAUAGUUGUGGAAGGAAUGCGGCAGCAGCAACCGCAGCAGCAGCAGCAGCAGCAUCCACAGCCGCAGCACCCACAGCAGCAGCAGCAGCAGCAUGUGCAGCAACAACAUCAGCAACAACAACAGCAUCCACAACAUCCGCAGCAUCAACAUCAGCAACACGUCGCAUCUCCGAGAAAGGGUGUGUCCGUUUACAGCUGCGGAUCUGAAAAACGAUGUCCGUCUCCUGGGAAUCUUAACUCUUGUGCGCAGGUUCGGGUAUCGAUGAAGCGGAUGAGAAACGAAGGUCCUGCCAGUCAGUGCCUACCUACGUACAUAAAGCCGGCAGUGCAACUUCCCGCCCACCUCCCUUACAGUAACGGCCAGUAUUCCACCACCACAAGCCCCUACUUCACCCCUCACACUAACGGUUACCACCAGCUCUCCAACGAGAUCAAGCAGACGAGUCACGUGAUCGGCGUCCCGGAUACUCACAGCGCCACAGUCUACCACUCCAUAGAUACCGGCCAGCACAUACAGAAACAAACUUAGCAGGACUUGAAGCUUAGGAUGGCUUUUACAAUACAUCUAGAUGUGAUCUGUACAUAUUACGAGCGUUGCUACGCGGUUCAGAGAAUUGGUACAGUUAGUUUGGUCUGGCAUGGGAAGGGUGUCCUGCGCGAGAUAACUACACGUGCAAGGCGCGGUGUUAGAUAACUGCACGUGCAAGGCACGGUGUGAGAUUGAGUGGAUGCUUGCGGAGGGGAGACGGUACCCUUGUAAUUGAGAAACUGGAUGAAUUCAGACCUUCUGUACUGUGAGUUAAGAUUGUUCCUGUCUUGCAGUAAAAAACAACUAUUGCUAUACAUGUUUUGCGGACACAGUCAAUUGAAGCUUGAUGAAGAUGAAUAAUUGUUGCCAGAUAA